GUGCACGGAGCCGUGUGCACGCGCGGCCAUGUGUUGAACUUCCUGCAGGAGAAGGAGGGUGGAGGCGUGACGUCGCUGCCCGCAGAGAGGCCCGUGCGGCGGGGGAAGGCAGCCAGAGACGCGCCGUGCGGGGACCGACGCUGCCGCUACCGCAGAGCAGAGCAGCGAGGGCGCGGAACCAGCCGGGCAACCGCGGCAACUUCCCCCCGCAGACAACCGGACACAGCAGACGGCCAUAAUGCGGCAGCGCCCGCCGAGCCCGGAGCUGACGUGACAGCGCACAAACCGGAGGAAGCGGCACCCCCCCUCUCCCCCGGUGGCCUCGGGGAGCGCGGCAGCUCGCUCGGUGCGUCUGGAGGCGGCUGCAGACAUGUCCUCGCUAACCGUGGAGGACGAGCAGACAUGGGUACCGACGCACGUCCAGGUGACGGUGCUCAGGGGCAGGGGCUUGCGGGGCAAGGGCAAGCACGGCACCAGCGACGUGUACGCCAUCAUCCAGCUGGGCAAGGAGAAGUACUCGACCGGCGUGGUGGAGAAGACCACCGAGCCGGAGUGGAGGGAGGAGUGCUCCUUCGAGCUGCAGCCCGGCGUGCUGCAGGGCGGCGGGCGGAGCGGGUACCCGGCCGGGGGCAGCGAGCUGGUCCUCACCGUCAUGCACCGGGCGCUCAUCGGGCUGGACGUGUUCCUGGGCCAGGCUGUGGUUCAACUGGAUGAGGUGUUCAACCAGAGCAGAUGGGUGAAAAACCAGUGGUACAGACUCAACUCCAAAACCGGGAAGAAGGAGAAGGAACGAGGAGACAUUCAAGUCAGCGUCCAGUUCACCAGAAACAACCUGACCGCCAGCAUGUACGACCUCGUCAUGAAGGACAAAGGCACCUCCACCUUCAACAAGCUCAAAGAACGCAUGAGGGGGAAGAGGAGAUCCAGUGAGGAAGACUCCUCCUCGGCCGUCGUGCCAGGUGGAAACGGGUCCCUGGAUCGGGUGCGGACCCGGCUGCCGAGCGAUGGAGGCGGCGAGGAGGACUACGAGGACGACGAGGGGGGAGAGGCCCGGCGGAGCAAGAUGAGGACCUUCUUCCUCAGAGGGAAGCUGAGGAAGUCGUCGGACACUCGCUCCAGCACAUCUCUCGGCUCCGAGAGCAGCGAGUCGUCGCGGGGCGGGAGCCUCAGUCCCACAGCGGGCAUCAGUGUGGUGGUUUCUGACCUCUCCAACUCGCCCAGCAGCAGCAACCUGACGGCAGACAACUCCCCAGAGCACACGGAAGACGCGUCGCCCAAGUCGUCCUCGCUCAAAUGUGACUCCGGUGACGAGGCCGGUGAGAUCACCAUAGUAGUGCCUCAGCUUACUGUGUGCGUUAACGGAAGCCAUGCUUACAAAGUCCAGCCCCUGGACCCAGGCUCAGGAAAACCCGUCCACUCUUUAGGCCUGGGACUGUUGCAGAAGUCUUUGCCCGUGUCGGUGUCGCUACAGAACCUCAGCCCGCAGGCGUCCGCCGACCCUCACAAAGCUCCCGCGGGCGACGGGCGCCGCUGGUCCUUUGACAAACCCGGCGAGGAGGAAAAAGCAGCCAUAGCGGCGGCUUUGGAGCAAAGCGGGCCCAUGCAGGGUGACGAGGAAGAAGAGGAGCGUUUGGGCCGGGCGGCUCUGUCAGAAAGCCAGGGGAAGAAGCAGAGGAGGAAAGGGCCGAGUCAGUCCAAGGACGGGUCGGAGGGGGCCCCCGCUGCCACUGCGGAGAAACACAAGGGCUGGUUCGGAUCUAAGGACUCGCACUGCAAACCAAGCCUGGUGGUGUCACCUAAACUAGACCCCAACAAUGAUCCCCUCCCCUCUAGUCACCCCCCCUCGGGUCCCCCUGUCGAUCUUACCGCUCUGGUUUCUCCGCUGCAUCACACUAACCCCUUCUGCCGCUCGCAGACCUCACCACCUCCCCUGUCCCCCUGCAACCCUUUCUUCUCUGUCCUCCAGCACAACCCUUUCUAUGACGACUUGCUAACCACUCUGCCCCCAACACCCCCAUUGCCUCCUCUGCCCUAUCUCUCCAGCUCCCGGCCCCCCAUAGCUCAGCUCUUUCCGCAGGCGAGUGACCACAACCACACUGUGACCCACGACAACCCAGCCACAGAGGACUCCGUCGUUGGCACCGAUGUUGCAACGAGUGACCGGAGGGCCGAAGUUGAGAAAGGUCUCCUUCCUCUUGCUCCCACGGAAGGAGAGAAACCUUUGAGCAAGGAGUUGUCCAACGCUUUAAUGUCCGCUGGGCAGCUGGAGCCAGAUUCAGAGUGGGACGAAUCUUUUGAAGCGUUUGCAGCUGGCAGGCUGCAGUCUCCAGAGGACCUGAGCACAGAUUGCAAAACACAGCAGAACACGCCCAGUGACCAUCCGCUGGAAAACUGCAAUAAUAAAGGAACUCUACUGCCCAUAACGGAUCGGAACACUAGUGAAAAUGACGCACUACAUCAUCAACCCUGCAGAGAAGACCCGUGGGACGCUCAAGAAGCCACUGACAAAUUUGCACAAUUCCUUGAAACAAUCCCAGAACAGAUACACUCUGAAAGCGACAACACAACUUUCAAUCCUCCUCCUGAUUUAUCAAAGCUUGACGCUUGCACGGAAACUAAUCAAGCUAACAGUACCACUAACACUAACAUGCACCAGACCCCCUGUAACACUUCAUCCACACAGCUCAUCAGCAGCUCCCCGGAUCCUGCUUCAUCAGGUCUCGGCAGCUCGGUCGAGGACGAGGUCCACUCCUGUCUUUCUUCUUAUGACGAUAAACUUUCUGCGUCCUCCUCCGAGGAAUCUGAGGCACGGAACUUUGAGAGCCACAUUCAACGUCCUGACGCCGCUGUGUCUGAAAACCCAAAGCCCUCAGAAUCUGAAGAUGACAUCACCGACAGGUCAAAUGAUUGGACGGUGUUUGAUGUCGCCCAGCAGACUGUUAUUCAGCAGCAGGAUGGGGAUGGAGGUCCUGACAAUUCAGAGGCACCACAGUCCCCGGUGAUUCCACAUCAGGAGCCUGAGGUCCCGGAGUUGUUGCCGAACCUCUCUGAAGUACAACUAGAAUCCAACGUCUCUUCACAGUCUGAUGUGUUCAAAAACCUUAUUUGGGAUUUCUCUGAGGAGUUUAAUGAUAGUUCUGGAAACAACAAUACAGAUGUGAACAUUCUUGUGACUCCAGAUGACGAAUUCUCCUCCAAGCUCCCAUCGUUGUACGUCCUGACCUCCUCCCCUGAUCUGAAGCAGCGUUUGUUGGACACCAGUUUAGGACGACAGGAGGCGAGCCGGUCUAGUCCGGUGUCAUUUGGGGCUUUCGGUGAAACCAGACCCAGCCUGGACUUCGACAGCACACUGUUGCACACUCAGGUGUCUGAUCAGAGCUCCAGCAGCUUCCUCCAAAGCCUUUAUGUCAGCACCGACUCGCAGGAUUACCAGACUUGUGCGUCUCACCCAUCCUCCAGCGUCUCGGAGCUCGACGAGACGCCGCUUUCUGCAAACUCAACGCUCUGCGGUGAGCUGAGCGACAUUCAGACAACUGCUGACGGUGCUUUGGGCCUAGAAAAGUCCACCAGUGCGUCCACGUCAUCGAACAGAGAAAUCAACCAAACCAACAGAUUUGAAGAAUACAAUGACAAGACAAAUUUCAUGAUAGGGGAUGAUUUUGGUCUCGAAGUUCUUCCUGCAGCACUUAACGACUCUGAGGAGAGCUGCGGUCCAAAGAGGCUCGGUGAGGAAAACCAGAACGCCGUUUUCGAUGACGAGUUCUCAAGAUACCCUCAGGCCCAGUCUGCUGCGCUACACCGCUCCCACUCCGAGGGAACCCUGACGCCCGGCUUCGACGAACUCCUCCUGCCCUCCUUCGGGAGCGAUCCCGGUGCGAUACAGGAGUCCUCGUCGGUUCAACCAGACCUCGCUCUCCCCUCUCUGACCUCCUUAGCUCCCUCUAUAACUCUUAGUAGCUCCUCUCUAGUGCUCCGCUCCUUCCCUCCCCUUGCCAGCGCUUUGGCGGGGUCACCACCCAGCACGGCACAAGCUGCUGUGCCAGAGCCCGAGGAGACGCAGGAGCAGCAGCAGCAGCAGGCAGCCAGUCAGCAGAACAGCCCCCACCCAGUGAGGCCCCUGACCACUGCCUUGCUGGCUGAGGAGAAGCGGACUGAGGGCCGGUCAGUGCUGGCCACCGGCCUGGAGAAGCUCAAGUCCACCAUCCACCCAGGGAGGAGCAGCCAGAUCAGCGAGACGGAGACGGACAGGAGGAAGUCUCUGACGGAGGGGGCGGGCUCGUACUACCACCUGACCCACAGCGAACUGGUCGCCCUGCUGGGGCAGCGGGAGGCGGAUCUGCGGCGGCAGGGGGCGGAGUUCGAGCGUCAGCGGGUCCUGCUGGCCAAGCGGGAGGUGGAGCUGAGGAGGCUGAAGCCGCAGGUCCGAGAUCUGGAGGACUACAUCGACACGCUGCUGGUGAGCAUCAUGGAGCAGAAGCCCACGCUCCUGCAAGUGCGCUCCAAGCUCAAGUGACGAAGGCGGGGGGGUGGGUGGUUUGCAGUCCGAUCCUCAUCUGUUCACUCUUAACCUCCACAACAGCUCUUUAGUCUUUUCACUGCUACGCUGUCCUUUUUGAUACCAAUAUUUAGGCACCGAGAGAUGUCGAGGCCACGAGUUCGGGCCGGCGUGCGUUACUGCGCUGAAACAUCCUCGUCUGAAGGUGGCUGGGGCGGUUCUGAAUGUAGCGGGUCCUCAGGUUGUUUUCAGGUUCACACGGCGCGUUGGUUUUUUUUACGCUCACAGAGGAGUGGGCGGGUCUAAGGACCGGGUUCUUCUUGGGUUCUGAGGGUCCCGACUGUUGAAACACGGAUUCCUCCUUUUCACCUCACGUCUCACUUCUAUCACCUUAUCACAAGAGAGAGGAACUGCAGAGGUUUCAGUCCAUAACAACGUGUAAGCAACCGAUAUCUCACGAAGACCAUUAAAUCCAGAUUGAUGCAUCAGUUCCAGUUUCUUUGAGGCAGACAUUGGUUUCCGUUUAUUUCAGUGCAGCUUGAAAAUCCGGGUGUGGAGACUUGAAACCAGCUCGAGAAGAGAAUCUAUAACAGGUCACAUCUUCUCAGCUUUUGCCUAUUUUUCUUCGCAGAUAUGAUUAACACACCUCUGACAAACUUAUAAAUAAGUAAAGAAAUAAUUAGCGCCAUAAGUUUCAAAUAUCCGCAAGUGGUUUUUCUUGCUUAACUGAAAUGAAGUCGAGUCAGUAGCUGCCUAAGGACGGAGAGUCGAGCUGAGAGUGAUUCAUUGUUUAAUUCAGUCUUUAAAAUGUUUUUUAAAAAACUAUUGAAAACCCACAACUAUUUUAUUUAAUAAUUCCCAAAUAUUAAUAAAUAGUCUCAUAAUAUCUCUUGUCGUGAUUUAGAGAAUCAUCUCCCUGAUGCACAGUUUCUAUUUAAUGGGUCAAAACGUGACAAACCAUCCGUGUGUUUCUGAUCACGACCCUUUUUGCAGAUAUACGUUGUUAUGGAUCGACUCUAUUCAGAUGCAUCGAGUGCUCUGACCAAACCAAAUGAGCGGCGUGAGAGCUCGGCCUCGCCACCCGCACGUUUACGGGGAGGCGAUUGUAGCGUACGAAUGUUCAAAAGUGUUCUUAGCCACCAGGUGAAUGGUUUUCCUUUCCUACGCAGGAUAAGUGGUGUUUAUGCUUGUUUUUCCCUCUUGAAAUUACCCAUAAUGCUCAGCCACAUAAGCUAAACUGACUGUCGCACGGCUCACGGUGUUAUCAAGCGAAGACGGCAUCACUCAGUGUCACCGCAGCUCCUCGGAUCUCAUGCUUCUGCCUUCUGCCCAUGUGGUCGACACGACUCCGAUGUGCUGGUACUUGAUUCCCACUCCCCCCGUGUCUGUGUGUCACAUCCGCUUCGCCUCAGGCACGCAUAGCGCUACAGCUUUCAGGUGUUUAUAAAGGGAUAUAUACCACAUGUUACAGCAUAUAUGCCAAACGCUGCCUUAUUUUUUGCUUUGUUUUGAUGCUCAUUAAAAAUCAAGCACUUCAUUUUGCUCGUCGGGGCUCGGGGCAGGUUUUGAAAAAGAAAAGCCAUCUGUUCACUGAAUUUUCUUUUUUGUUUUUUUACUUCUUCUGAUGCUUUGUUAUGAUAUUGUUUGGAUCACUGCACAAAAACAAAUUGUAUGCAUACCAGUAGAAACUGAGCGUAACAGUGAUUUCCUGUGACAUGCCAAAAAAAAGCCUUGAAACUUAAUCCAUGGAGCAGAUUGAUACACCAUGAAGUAUUCUGAUAUUCUGAUAUGAUGCCACUUUUAACAGCAUUCGUGGAUGUUCUUGCACUAUUCAACCAUCAGAACAUGACUCUUCUGUACCUGUCUGUCUUAUGUCGGUAUAGUUAGAUCUACUUUACACCGUACUGCACUUUCUAAUCGCUCUGUGAUUUUAGCACUCGGCCUUUGACACCACGACAACGACUAGCCAGUGAGCUUGAAGCGUUACAAACUCGCCCAUCACCGUCUUUCCAUGUCAGUUCUCGCUAUGCGACGGCAAUACCAAGUGCGUAGACGACUGUAGAGACAUAUUCAAUGUGACUCGGCACUUACGAAGCGCAGUCCUCUCCCACGUCUUCCAUUUUGAGAAAGGUUUUUAUUUAAACUGAUUGUACCUUGUCCUUGAUUGUGUAGCCAGUGGAAUGUGCGUAAGGUAGUAUGUAAGAUUGGAAAGUUUACAACUCGUGAUGCAAUUCUGUUUCACAAAUUUUGUAUAUUUAAUAAAGAAUAUUUUGUGUUUCUUGCUCACUA